GUUUUUGUUGUUGUUGUUUUAAGAUUUAUUUAUUUAAUUUAUAUGAGUGCACUGUAGCUGUCUUCAGACACACCAGAAGAGGGCACCAGAUCCCAUUAUAGAUGGUUGUGAGCCACCAUGUGGUUGCCGAGAAUUGACCUCAGGACCUUUGGAAGAGCAGUCAGUGCUCUUUACCUCUGCGCCAUCUCUCCAAACCCCAUUGGAUUCUUUUUAACUAGACAGAUGUUUGUUUGUUUGUUUGUUUGUUUGUUUACACACAGCGAGAGACAGUGUGUGUGUGUGUGUGUGUGUGUGUGUGUGUGUGUGUGUGUCUUCGAUAAGAGGGUGAGUCACAGUGGCCUGCAUGUGGAGGUCAGAGAACACCUUGCAAAGCUGGUGUUCUACCAUGGGGGUGGCAGGGAUAGAACUUUGGGUCAUGAGACAUGGCGACAGCACCUUUAGUGCUGAGUCAUCUCAACAGCUCCUUGACAGGAAUUUUAAUGAACAGAUUUCUUUCUCCACCAUCUGAAUUUAUAGUUUAAGGAAACAACCCAGAUUACCAAACUCCUUACCCACUGUACACUACAGUCUACUUACUGUCUCUUUCGUUAUAAGCACAUGCUUUUAAAUGCAGGCUUGGCUCUGCAGCUGCUGUUGUGAUUUUCUUUUCCCUCUACACACUCCCUUGGCACUUUCAUCUCCUCACACAGAUUCAACUAGCAUAUCUAUCUGAAUAAUCUAUUUGUAUUUUCUAUAUAUAUAAAAUAGCGCUGACCUCUCUCUCGAACUGAAAACCUACAUUGGCAAAGCUUCUAAAUAGUUCCUGUGUGUAAGUAUAUUUAAUAAUAAUAACUUAAAAAACCCUCAGCACGCCUGGCCUGACAGCAUACAUUGGUAACCACAGUUUCUCUGCAGGUCAGGGCAGAGCUGUGGAUUUAAGGCUACCGUAUCUUUGAAAAAAUGAAACCUAAUUAUGCAACUCCUUGCUCACAUUCCUAGUUAACGGUCCAACUGUCAACAGCCACAGUUAGAAAAUGUAGCUUUCCACCCUGCCUCCUCUACAGCUCUCCUCCUGGCCUGCUGGGCCCUCGUUCUCGCUCCACCAGCACCACUCACAGUAUGCACAGUCGUAUAUUAAUAGCUUGCCAUAAUAAAUCAUUCUGCACACUAAACUAUUGCAAGGUACACACUUCUUGUUUUCUUCAAAAUGUUGAGCUUCUAAAUAUAGCCUCUAAGCAAGCUCCACAAUCCAGCCUUGACUUAAAUUGCAAACUUCAUCUCUAAUUCCAAAAUAAACCAUCCAGGUCAUCUGGGACACUAACAUUUUUCCACAUCAUGAACCCUUCUCAUCUCCAAAACUGUCGUUCUCUUAAUCUGAAAGGCCUUCUUUAUCCAGGAAUCCUACCUCCCGAAUCUUUGUUUCAGAAGACUUUAACUCUCAGUCAACUUAAGAUUGCCAGUUUAAGAGCAGGGUAUGGUGGGACAUGUCUGUAAUCCCAAGCAGAGGAAGGAGGUCGAGACUGCAGAUCCAAAGUCUUGAGAGAUAGGAGGCCCUGUCUCAGAAACUACAUUAAAUAAAAAGAAGCUCAUUGGGAAGCAACACCAUGAAGUAGAACUACCAGCUUCUGACAAGGCAGAUAGAUCUGGCUUCAAAUAGACAGUUCUGCUAGCCACAUAAGUCUUAAGGGGAAUGACUGGACACGUGUGACACGGCGGUAUCCUGACUAUUCUGAGAGAUGCCUACACAGGGAGACCCCUGUCUAAAAGAAAGAAGCUUCUAUGUUGUUGAGAAAACACAACCAUAACAGAACUCAGCACCCAGUAACUAACAGUAUUGGCCCACACCCGUAAGUGUUCCCGUCUCAACUGUGACACGUGACCUAAGUUAUAACAAACACUUCACUUUUGUACAAGUGCAAACUUCAGAUAAGCCCAUCUAUGUGGUUAAGGAUUUACACACACUUUUUGCUUUCAGAGUCUUUUGUUGUGAACAGGGUCACCUUGCCACUCCUUUGCCACUGCAAGCAUGACACCACAUUCAGACAGAUACUUACUUAUACUGUAAACUUUUGUACAAGUAUCUUACAUCCCACUAGGUUCACAUUCCACAGCCCAGCUUCCUCUUGGUGAGGCAGCAUGCCUAGCACCGGUUCUUCGUGAAGCACUCAACAGCCCCCCCCCCUCCCAUUAAGUCCCAAUCCAGGGGAGGUUUAGCAUUCCUAGACAGUGCAAUUCAAGUCUUCACAAUUUCAACACACUUGGAAAAUUAUCAAAACAUGAAUCCCAAGUUCUAAUGGCUUUGGCUUUGUUUUCCCUACAUGGUUCACUAAAGAGUCUGACGCAUAGAAAAUGCUCAAUGUCAUUUGAAUUGACUUGAGCAAUAGUUAAAAGUUAUAAUGCCCGAAAGUAUUUGAUUUUUACCAAUUCCCUUUUUUUGCUUUUAUAACUCCCAUACUUUUUUCCCUUCAAAACACACUAUAACCAGAGAACAAAUACAUAAUCAAACCUAACUUGACUCAUUUUCCAGACUUUAAUUCAACAUCCCAAUCUUGGGCUCUGAACAACUGAGUUCUUCAAACACUAAGGGGCUACCGCAUCAUUCCGAGUCUAAACACUACAACUUAUCUUCACUCACACUUUCCCACGGGCUAGAAAAACACCCCCUUUGUUUAUUAUCAACAACCUUGACAGAGAUUUGAGGGGCUGGGGAGACUGCUCCCACGUCGAGUGCUUGCUGACUGAGAAAGUGAGAGAACCUGAACUGGCACCGACAGCACCUCCAUUAUAAACUAGAUGCUGGGCCAUGUGCCGAUAACCAGUAGACCUGGACUGGGGACAUGGGGCAAACACAGGACGGUCCCUGGGGCUUGCUGGCCAAGCAGCCCAGCCGGAAGUACAAGCUCCAGGCUCAGGAGACCCUGUCUCAAAAGGAUCAUCAUGAUCAUGGUGCUGGGUAGUCUAGGUUCACCUCUGGCAUUACACACACAGAGAAUUUGUUUUUUAAUGAAAUAAACUUUUCUUUUGCAUAAGACAGUAUAUGCAACUCGUCACUUCAAAUCAUUCCCCUCAUUCAUGAUAUCUUCCCUUCCAGUAGUCGAAAGAGAAAGUACGAGAGAGAGAGAGAGAGAGAGAGAGAGAGAGAGAGAGAGAGAGAGAGAAACAGUAUAAAUCCUAACGUAAGCAUAAUAAGGGCAGAUAAUGUCACUGGUUUCAUGAAGAUGACUUGUGUAUAUUGACACCACCACAAGGUCAUUUGCAACAAAUAAACUAUCUGAUAAUAAUUUAAAACUCAAUAAAAGCGGAAAAUAGCUCCAUUAUUUCCUACAAACCUUUUAUCCGUAGUUUAUCACCUAAACUCAGUUUACUAACAGUGCCUACAAGAUUUUCUUCUCUAGGAAAGUCUCAGUUUAUUGGAGUUAAACACUUCAUAUGCUUAAAUCAACAAACACCUCUGUCCCGCUGUGGGAACACCCCCACCCCGCGUUCCCACAACUGGACUACACGAAGAACCUCCGAGGAGAAACUGAGGGAAAUUAUAUAUAUAUAUAUAUAUAUAUAUAUAUAUAUAUAUAUACAUAUAAUAUACAUACAUAUGUGUGUGUAUAUAUAUGUGUGUGUGUAUAUGUGUGUGUGUGUGUGUAUAUACACACAUAUAUACACAUAUAUAUAAUUAGCUCAAGAAAUGACAGUUCCAAGUAUGAAAGUAAACAAACUGGGGUGAAAAAAAAGGAUACAAUUCUCCAGCCUUUUGCAGUCAACUUGUGCAAGGUCCCGACUGAAGUCUUAACAACUGUGACUUCGGAUGAGCGCAGGAAUUCGGAAGGCUGAUUACAGAAUAGCAUGGUUUUUUUUUUUUUUUUAACGUCAGCAAGAACACGGGGAAACUCCUCUGAAUCUACGAAUCUCCUCAAAUCUUUGUUUUUAAGAAGUAACUCCCAACAGUUUCAGUUUGCAAGGGAGCAAAGACCCUUCGAGGAAUGGUACUGCCUCACUGACCGACCCUACGCAGGCAUCCAGACCCAGUUAAGUUUCGAGCCGAGUCCAAAUCGAACCUCCGGCGACCCCGACGCAAGCCCCGCAAGAGAUCGCCAGCAUCCACACAGGGAGCGCCCCACCCUCGGACUGACUACACCCCUGGGACACAGGAUAAUUACUGAGACGGGAAGAGGGGACAGAUCCAAGAGGCGACGAAAGUUGGACACUGAUGUCCAGUGCAGUCUGGCUGUCCCGGUCCCCAGCGUCCGAGUGCACAGACCCCACAGCGGAGGCACCGAGCCCACUUGCCCGAUGCAGAGAGGGGGUCGCAGCGCCGACGGCCGGGCCCCGCUACGGAGUCCCCCCUCUGCGGGCGGCCGCGGCUCCGGGAACCCCGCUCCGGCUGCGCCCCGCCCACUCCGCGGCCCCGCAUCGCGCCCCUUCCCGGCCCGCGGGCCGCGCGCGCUCCGCGGCGGCCGACGAACCCCUUCCCCGGAUCCCCGACGGCUGAACCUGCAGCGGACAGCCGGGUCCGAGGCUCGCUCGCCCAGCGCAGGCCCCGCUCGGCGUCCCCGGCUACUCACCGUCGGCGCGAAGGCGCUGCGAGGGGCGCGGGGUGGCAGCCGCGGAGCUCCUCACUCUCCCCGCGACCUGACCCCCUGCUCGGAGCCUCGGCGCCUGUGUCUACAAGGCCUCUCUCCAGCCCGAACCCUAGACAAGCACUUCCGGGGGAGCGGGGGAGGGCAGGGGUUUGGCACCGGAACUGCUCCCAGGCUGGAGCUGCCAGCCCUCCCGGGAGGGGCGUGGCCUCUGCUCCGGGCGCCAGCGGACCCGCCCCCGAGCCCCGCCCCCGGGCUCCUUGCUAACCCCUGUGGUCCCGCGGGCCCCGAGCUACCGCUGGCACCCCUUAUUUUAACGCCUGUUAGGAUCGCUCCCUUCUACUUAAUUCUACAGGGGCCCGGAGAAUCUAAUUUCGCCGAGCCCGGAGCAUUCACCGGCUUGCCGACCGGCCGGCGGUGUUAUCCUUUCUCGCUUCUGUCCCGCGUGAAAAUGCAGUUGACAUUUAUCGAAGGAAGGCUUACGGCGUGGUAGACAGGGCAUUUAUUACGCGAUUCGGUGGCGUUAACUCAUUUAAUAACCUUCAAACUCCUGGAAAUUGGUGCUUUUAUUCUCUGUGUCUUACAGAGAAGGAAAUCGGCCAAAGUAUCGGACUUUACCACAUAUGCUGGCUCUUGGUUUUACUUUAAUUUGUGGUAUGCGUAGAACUCUCAUUUGCCCCAAACAAGACUUUUCAAAUUAUUCAAAGACGGGAGCCAAAUUAUUUCCCUAUAUGGGUCAUCCUUUGCACUUUAAACAAAGGCUGAGAUGAUGGGCUAUGCAAUCUUAGUGCCAGGAUCCUGUUUCUUUACAUUUCACCCUGGUGUGUGUGUGUGUCGUGUUCAUCUCUGGAUUGUAGACGUUAAAAAUAAUAUAAUGCAUAACGCAAUAGUAAGCAUUUCAAAGUACCCAGGACUGAGUACGUCCGCACAAUUCUUAUACCUAACCAGUAACUAGCAAUAGAGAAGACCUGGGCACUUUUGAAACUUACCAAAGACAGACAGUAUGAGAGCCUACAGAGUCAGUGUCAGGCAAAGAAGUGAGACGAUCUUAAAAGAUUUGCUCUGUCACAAAAUCAAGAAACAUCAAAUAUUAAAGGCAGGUUUUCAGUAUGAAGCAAAGCCCCACAUGGAAGAAAAGGGCUCAAACCUGACAAGCUAUUUUGUUUCCAGCAGUCUAAAAAGGCUGAGGCAGGGAGAGUCCGGAGAGUUUCUAGCCAGCCUAAGCUUUACAGUGAGUUUCCAGACAAAGGUGGCCAGGACUAUGAAGCAAGACUCUUGUCCAAAAAGAAGGAGAGGAGGAGGAAAAAAGGAAGAGCAAAAAAGAAAAGAGUUUCUUAGCAUGCAUAGUGUCUGUUAAAUACUGCAGGGACAAGUGUUAAGACAAUCUGCUUUGAGAAAGGCAGAGUAAAAGAAAACCCCUUAUUACAAAUUUAAGAUGCAAACAAUGCCAUCACUAUUGCUGUAUAUAAAGUACUGCCUUGUGCUUUAUGUAAUUGCAGAAGUGUUUGUAAACACUUCCAGAAUUCUCAAGUUCAAGCAGCCUUUCAUGCCUCCUAGUAGACUGAAGAAGAAGAAGAAAAAAAAAAAAAAAAGACCCUGCACAGACAAAACUUAGGCUGUCUCUAGCUGUUUACCAUCUCCACCCCCCAAUCCCAGACACGAGCACGAGUGCGCGCCAAGGGCAGCACACGCGCGUG